GUAUAUUUUGAACAACCCUUCACACUGCAACUUCCUCCUCCUUUCUCCGCCUACAACCACCACCACCACCACCAUUAAUAUCAACCCUCGUGUGUGUGUUCCUGGUGGCAGUGUGACUCUUCGUGUACAUGUUGCAAAAACACCAUGAUCACCGGAAAAGACAUCUAUGUUGUUCUUGCAGCCAUUGUGCCACUUUAUGUGGCCAUGAUGCUAGCUUAUGGUUCGGUCCGGUGGUGGAAGAUCUUCACACCGGACCAAUGCUCGGGAAUUAACCGUUUCGUUGCGGUUUUUGCCGUCCCUCUUCUUUCUUUCCAUUUUAUAUCUUCAAACAAUCCUUACGAGAUGAACUACCACUUCAUAGCAGCGGAUUCACUUCAAAAGAUUGUUAUGCUAAGCGCUUUGUUUGUUUGGCAAUGGCUAAGUAAGAGCGGGAGCCUCGAGUGGAUGAUCACGUUGUUCUCCCUCUCGACGCUCCCAAAUACUUUGGUCAUGGGCAUUCCUUUGCUCAAGGCCAUGUAUGGGGAUUUUUCUGGAUCCCUUAUGGUCCAGAUCGUUGUAUUGCAGAGCGUGAUAUGGUACACGCUCAUGCUGUUUAUGUUUGAGUAUAGAGGAGCAAAGCUCCUCAUAACCGAGCAGUUUCCAGAAACUGCUGGAUCCAUCACAUCUUUCCAUGUGGAGUCUGACGUCGUUUCUUUAAAUGGUCGUGAGCCUUUACAGACUGACGCCGAGAUAGGAGACGACGGCAAAUUGCACGUGGUGGUUCGGAGAUCUUCCACCGCAUCAUCAAGAUCUGUUAUAUCUUCAUAUAACAAGUCUCAUAAUAUUACUGGUAUGACCCCUAGGGCCUCAAAUCUGACCGGAGUGGAGAUCUACUCCGUUCAGUCUUCCAGAGGCCCCACACCUAGGGCUUCCAGUUUCAACCAGUCCGACUUUUAUGCUAUGUUCAGUAAAGCAGGAAGUAAAACUGGAAGCCCUAAACAUGGGUAUACCAGUAGUUUCGGGGGUGGGGACGUUUUCUCGAUGCAGUCAUCAAAGGGCCCCACACCGAGAACGUCAAAUUUUGAAGAAGAAAUGUUGAGGAUAGGGAAGAAAAGAACAGGAGGAAGGAGUAUGAGUGGGGAGUUGUUCAAUAACAAUAACAACAACAAUAAUUUAGUAUGUUCUUACCCACCUCCAAUCCCAAACCCUACUUUUUCAUUAGGAUCCACAAGCGCCGCCCCCGCUAGUGGCGGCCUAAAGAAAAAAGAAAGCGUCGGAGGUGGUGUGAGCGGCGUUAUCACACCACCCCCGCCCAGCAAUAACAAGGAGCUCCACAUGUUUGUAUGGAGCUCAAGUGCAUCUCCUGUUUCUGAAGGUAACAUGAAACAUGCAAUUAAUAAAGCUGCUGCUGAAUUUGGAGCCAUUGAUCCUUCUAAAGCUGUACCCACACCAGAAAAUUUGAGUCCUAUGACUAAAACAUACGGUGAACAAAAGGAGAUCGACAUCGACGAACCAAAACUACAAAUAAACGGAUCCCCGUUCAAGAAACUCCGAACCGAAGAAGCCGAUAACAAGAACCACCGAAUGCCACCCGCUAGUGUCAUGACAAGGCUCAUCCUCAUAAUGGUUUGGAGAAAACUCAUUCGAAACCCUAACACGUAUUCCAGCCUCUUGGGUCUCAUUUGGUCUCUAGUUUCCUUCAGAUGGGACAUUAAAAUGCCAACCAUAGUAAGUGGGUCGAUCGCAAUAUUAUCCGAUGCAGGUCUAGGGAUGGCCAUGUUCAGCCUAGGGUUAUUUAUGGCAUUACAGCCAAAAAUAAUAGCAUGUGGGCAACGUGUGGCGACGUUUUCAAUGGCGGUUAGGUUUUUAACUGGACCUGCUGUCAUGGCAGCUACUUCUAUUGCUAUUGGACUACGGGGUGUUCUACUUCAUGUUGCUAUUGUUCAGGCGGCACUGCCUCAAGGAAUCGUACCGUUUGUCUUUGCAAAGGAGUAUAAUGUGCAUGCCGAUAUCCUAAGUACCGCGGUUAUAUUUGGAAUGCUGAUAGCUUUGCCCAUAACAAUACUUUACUACGUGCUGCUUGGAGUGUAAGAGAGUAAAAGGUCAACGCUUGGUUCUAAAUCCAAGGCUAGAUCGGUCAACGAUGCAUGAUUCAACGUGCGGCUUCUGAAGAAGCACAUGCAGCUUACGCGUUACCCACGGGAUUGAUAAUUAAUUAUAGCUUCUUUUCACUAUUUUAGAUUAUUUUUAUCUUUCUUUUUCAUAUCUUUUUUUUUUAUUAAGAAGGGAACAAUAGAUCUAGGUGUCAUAUAAAAACUGUAGAAUUAUUAAUUCAUGCUAAUUUUAUAUUCUUCUUCCUAUUAUG